AUGGCGGGCUGGUUAUCCUCGCCCGACCGUCAGACGGUGUCGGACCUCUUUGGUACGGCAUCGUUCGCCAUCUGGCUCUUUGCACAGUCGCCCCAGCUCUACGAAAACUACCGCCGCGGUUCGGUCGACGGCCUCUCGCCCGUCUUCCUCACACAGUGGAUGCUCGGCGAUGCCACCAACCUCAUCGGAUGCAUCCUCACACAGCAGCUGCCCUUUCAGAUCGCAGUGGCAACCUACUUUUGCUGCAUCGAUGUGUGCAUCAUGAUCCAGUUCACCUACUACUGGAACAAGGCGCGCAAGGCGCGCAAGCAGCGCACACAGCGCACACAGCGCACCAACAGCCUCACCGCCUAUGCGCACAAUCCCUACUCGGUCCUCGCAGAGACCAGCGAGCUGCUGCCCGGCAGAUCCAGUCGCCAACACUCGCUCCUGCGCUCCUCGAGUAAAAGACGCAACCUGUCGCACUCCCAAGUGCUGCAUCACCAAAGACAUGCACAUGCCAGCCAUGAGCAUGCAGACGAGAUCGGUGCUGCAGAAGCCCAGGCGAGCAGGCCACACGCGUCGUCCAGAUCAAGGUCGCGGCAUGUGGAUCCAAUGAGUCGGUCGGCCUCGACGGAUACCGUGCCUGGCACGGCUGCCGUGGCCAACUACCGCGCGCUUUCCAAUGCAGCCAUGAGCGUCGCACAGCUCGCCCAGGAGGCGGCGAGAAGGCGCGAGGCAAUGCUGCACCGCGUCCAGGCAGACGGCGACGACUACUUUUCCUACUCGAGGCCGGGCAGUCUGCGCUCGCAUCGAAGCAAGUCGCGCGCUUCCGAGUCGCCCAACACCUCGCUACCGCCGUCAAGAUCACGCUCAAGGGUCAACAGUAACGAGCUUGGCUCCGAGAGCGUGCGCGCCGAUUUGUCUGCGGCGGUACCCUCGUCGUCCAGCACGGCGGUGGAUGCGGCAUCGGGCGCGGCGGGUCGACGCGCUCGCGUGGCACGCUCCAUGAGUGCGCGCAGAAAAGCCGUACCCGGCGCAGGAGAUUUCGUGCCCUCGGCGCUCAGUCCGACACGCGAAAGCAGGGAUGCCGACGACGACACCGAAAGUGAGGACGUCUCGGGAACAGAGGCGGCGCCGGCUAUGGCGGAGAGCGUCGACAGCUUGGCAACCGUCAGCACCGACGCGAGUGGUGGCAGUGGGCCGGCGGAGCCCCGGGGCAGGGACAUGGUUCGCAUGGCCAGUCGGCUCGAGUCGGUCACCUCGUCGGGCGCCGCCACGCCGUUGGCGGCAGUGCAGCGCGACGGCACGGGCUCGCCGUUCUCAGCGGGGUCGUCGGAGGGCACUGCGAGACAUGCGUCGCCCAAACCGCUGGAUCGCAUGGCCAUGUCGCAUCACCAGCUCGGCCAGCAACUCGACGCAGACUCGAGCGAUGACGACCACACCGCCAGAGUAAAGAAGGGCGGGGCGAGGAAGAGGAGCAAGCGCGAUGCGGCGGAAGCGUCCGAUGCCAUGUACAGGUCUGUGGAUACGCUGACCGCAGCGAGCGGAAGGAGGAAGGGCGCGUUGGUGAGGAGCGAGUCUUCGCGCUCGCAUCAGUUGGUGUCGGCAGGAACAGCAGCCCGAGGCGGGAGCAGGAAGAGCGGCACUAAAUCACCAGCGUCCAUGCGCAGGAGUAUCGGCAUGGUCCUUCUGGGGAUUAUGAUGAUCUCGUCCCUCCCACCCGCGUCGACAGCUGCGGCUAUCAAUCCUGCGCUGGCGGGAGCGCUUCGCAUCGACGACGGCGCAGCAUGGAACAGGUUGGUGGGUAGAAUCAGUGCAUGGCUAUGUGCAUUGCUCUACAUCACCUCGCGCAUCCCACAGAUCUGGGAGAACCACAUGCGCAGAUCCGUAGCCGGCCUCUCCAUCCUCCUCUUCAUCGCCGCCUUCUCGGGCAACCUCCUCUACUCGGUCUCGGUACUCACCAACCCGGCCGCUGCAUCUUCCAAUGCAAGGGCUUACCUCCAGGAAUCACUGCCGUUCUUACUCGGCUCCGGAGGCACACUCAUCUUCGACCUCAUCAUCGUAGGCCAGUGGCUCGCCUGGAGACAUAAGCCGCCCAUGCUGUAA